AUGGGAGCGGAUUUGUCCGACGAAAUGCUGGAAAUUCCGGCAAACAAGGAAAAUGAGAAUCGCGUGGUGAUUCUGAUGAUUCCAGGAAAUCCCGGAAACGAAGGAUUCUACGCGCAUUUCGGGCGAGAAGUGCUCCGAAACCUUCUGGCGAGAGAUGCGGAGACGCAGAGAAACGAGAAGAACGAGUAUCUGUUCUAUACGGUGUCGAGUCUGAAUCACGUUCGAAUGCCGGAUCAUUUGAAUUCCGAUGGCGAGCAUCGGAAUCAUGAUCGAAUCUCUCUCGAAGAGCAAGUUUCUCACAAGCUCGCCUUCUGCAAAGAGCUUUUGCCACGUGGCAAGCAGCUCUACGUCCUCGGCCACAGUAUCGGCUCCUACAUGAUGCUGCGAAUCCUUCCAGAAGUGAUUCUAGAAGGAUUCCACGUGGCAAAAGCCGUCGGACUAUUCCCCACCAUCGUGAACAUGGCCACAUCACCGAAUGGGCGGAGACUUCAGGGAACGUUGGCUACCUUGAACCAUCACGAUUGGCUGACAAAAUCGAUAUGUUGGUGGGUCGACUAUCUGCCAAGUUUCGUCAAAAAAUUCUUGGUCGGACUCAAUUUGAGACAUCCGAAUACUCCUCCGGAAAUCGUAGACGCCGCCGUUGAGCUCGUCCAUCUUGACGUCUUCAGAAACAUUGUGCACAUGUCGAAUGACGAGUUGGAUAUUGUUUUGGACCUCGACGAGCGUCUCAUGGAGAAACAAGACAUGGUGCAUUUCUACUAUGGGCUGAAGGAUGGAUGGUGUCCCGUGGAGCAUGGCUACUCAAUGCGAGAGCGCCUCGGCGACGGACAAGUCACACUGGACGAGCACGACUGUGAGCACGCUUUUGUGAUUUCGGAAGGCGAUAUUAUGGCGAAGAAUGUCGUUAAAUAUUUUGAUUGA